UUGCCCUCGAUAUGAAGUAUAAUUACACACCGUCGUUAAGAGAAUUACGUUCCAGUGUAAAACGUCGAUCGAAGGAAUAUUUUUUGGAGAACAGUUUGCAUGGUGUUCCGUAUGCUGCAGACCCUACGCGGCCCAAAUGGGAAAGAAUAACGUGGUUCUUUUUAACGGUUGCAUCAGUGGUAGCAACUGUUAUUACAAUUGCUAUAAUUUGGGGUAAAUUUCAAACAGAACCAACUAUAACUGGAUUGGAUGUAUUGACGGAGGAUGCUUACAUUGAUUUUCCUCGAAUCUUCGUUUGCUUCGACUGGUCUCAACUAAAUUACAUGCAAUUGAACAAGGAUGAAAUACGUAUGUAUGAACAAUUAUAUAAUUGGAGGUGGGGAAAGGAUCUCGAUUCAAAAAUGUAUGACACAGUUUACCAAAAGAAAAAAGACUUUUCGGCUGAUUUUGAAACGAUGGCUCCCAACUGCGGCGAUGUGAUGACCAACUGUAAUUACAAAGGGUUAAAUAAAUCAUGUAGCACACUAUUCACAAAAGCUGUUGUUGCUGUGGGUGCAUGUUGCAAAUUGAAUACUUUGGACCCUGUAGGAAUAAAGGAUGCAAUAAGAGAGCUUGAGUUUGAAAUAAAAAGUUCAUACUAUCCUUGGAGGCUUUACAUCACCCAAAAUAUUGAUUCAAGCCCAAUACCAGAAGAGAGACCAUUAGUAAAAGCUUACUUUCCAAUUGAUAUUGAAUUUAGUGUUGAAAUGACAUAUGUUACUUCUGAUAUACAUUACUUAAGUCUUCGACAACGUAAAUGUAAUUACAAACACGAUGAAAGUUUCACUAAUUGUGAGAUAAAAUAUUUUACUAAUCAGUUGUUAACCCAUUGUAAAUGUGUACCAUGGUUUUUAGCAUUCAUUAAGAAAGAAGAAUGUAAACUUUCAAAGUACUCUUGCUUAAACUAUACAACUGUAGACAUAAGUGAUUCUAAUUGUUGGCUUUCUUGUGAUCAUACGUCAUAUUCUGUGAAGGCAAUACUCAAAUCGUAUAAAAACAGUAAUAGAAUUAUAUUUAAAUUCUGGCCAGUGGCAUUUUAUAAAAGAGAGAUGAGAUUUGGUUAUUUAGAUUUAUUAGUAUCAUUUGGCGGUAUUGCAAGUUUAUUUUUAGGAUAUUCUUUGUUAACAUCUGUCGAACUGGGAUAUUACUUUAGUCUUAGAAGUUAUUGUGGAGCUGUGAUUCAGUCUUCUCGACAAAAGUAUAAUAUCAGAACUAUACAUGUAGUGGAAAAGGUACCAAACAAAAUAAAUAUUCAACAGAGGUACCAUCAAUAUAUUGAUUAAUCUUUAAGAACUUUAAACAGCUUUUCGAAGUA